ACGGCUUUCUCGUUCAUCAGGAGUCCAAAGUCUCUCUUCUUUUACAGCAGCACUUUAACCACCUCUAGCAAAAAGAACUCUAUUUAAGUCUUCAGGUAUACGUAGUCUAGACUAAAACUGAGGCAGUAUACUUCAAAUUUAUCUUUUGAUAGAUAAUAGCUAGAAUAGAUAGUAAUCUAUUAAUUGUAUACUUAAAACAUUCCACUUUAGUCUGAAGAAGUAUUCAGUUAGUAUACGUCCUACUCUACACCUCCAUCCAUGGAAAGCAUAGAGCCCAUCCUGUCAAUUGUUAAAGGCAUCUAUGAUCACGUUGAGGGGGUGAAGGCCAAUGAAAAGCGCAGUAGGCGUAUUUGUGAGCGAGUCAAAGCCUUGGAGAAGAUCAUUCGUUCCAUUCAAACUCCAAAAAAAGUUUUCGAAACUGAGAAUGUGAAGAACAUCAUCAAGGAUCUCACAGUCACUCUAAAUGCAACAAAGAAUCUCCUGGAAAAACAUGCAGAUUCAAACUGGAUGAAACGCGCCAUUAAAAAGGGUUACUAUGAAGAAGAGUUCAACCAUGUGAAUGAAAGGCUCAACGAUGCCUUCCAGGCCCUAAGUUUAGCUCUGAACAUAGAGCAUGAAGACGCAAUCUGCAAAGUUUUUGAUAAGGUCACUCAACAGAUGGAGGAUGAAGAAGACAAGAAGAAGGAUGAGGAGGAGCUGCUGGAUAAGAUGACAUCAUUGCAGAAUGAUGUAGCUGAAAUUCUUUCUCUCUUGAAAACGCAAAAAAUGCCUUAUGACAAAAUUCGGAAGAUAAAACUUUCAGAGCUAAAAUUUAUCCCAGACAUCCCCAAAAAACCAUUCAUGACAACGGAGUCUGCGGAGGUCUUCAUGGGAGAGUUUCAAGGGUUUCCUGUUGCCAUCAAGAAGUACCUGAAGACGGGUCAAGUAUCAAGCUCAGAGGUGGAAACAAUUUUCAAAAAGGAAACUGAUACGAUGAAUCGCUUUCAGUCACCCAACAUCCUGCGUCUGUUUGGGAUCUGCAUCAUUAAUGAAAACUCUCCACAGCCGGAGUUCCUGGUCGUCAUGGAGUACUGUGAAAAAGGAAGCCUUCGGCAAGUUCUGGACUCGGACUGUGAACUAUCCUGGACCAGGAAAGCUCGCAUGUGUCUUGAUGUGGCACAGGGAAUCUAUAGGCUGCACCAAGCAGAGCAAAACUUCAAGGUUCAUGGAAGCAUCAGCAGCAACAAAUUGCUGGUGGAUGAAGCCUACAGAGUCAAGCUGGGAGGCUUUGAGCUUUCAAAAACAGAGACAUCACUUCAAAGGUCGGUGAAAAAAACCGCACUGGAGUCAACUCUGUGCUAUGGCGCCCCUGAAAUGCUGGAUAACCUCAACAAGAAAUUCACCAAGGAGUGUGAGAUCUACAGCAUCGGGAUUGUUCUCUGGGAAAUUGCAACUCGGAAGAAACCAUUUGAAGGUUUAAAAGAAGACCUCAUUUAUCAAAAAGUGUGGACAGAAAAAUACCAGGAGCCGCUUCCAACUGAUUGCCCUGAAAAUCUGCAACAGAUGAUCAUCGCCUGCCGGGCUCACGAACCCUUUGACAGACCAUCAGCUGGUGUGCUCAUGGAUAAACUGCGCUUAGUGGUGGCCCAGUUGGAGGAGUGACAGUCAGAGGAAUCAAACAUGCAGCUCAGAGCUCUGUUCAGGGUGUUCUAGAGCUUUUUAUCUUUGUAUUUUGAACAUGUACAUGUGCUUACUACACAAAGGGAAUAGCUUCACACGAAUUAAAAAUUCUAAACCAGGGGUGCUCAUUACUGCGAUCAGGAUCGACCGGUUGGUCUUCAAGGACAUGAAGGUAGAUCGCAGGCCAGUAAAGAUAAAUAACCAAAGAAAUAUGCAUAUGUAUUUCAAAAAAAUCCGUCAGCGAAUCAAAAUCCUCAGCCAAUCGAACAUCCUCUAAGGCCCAGAUCGCCCCGCAUGCGUCCUCGAUCUGGAGUCGCCCCUUCUGACCCAGCUGUCCUGCCAUGGUGCCUCCUGCCGGCUGCACAGUUCCCAGCAGAUGGAUCUGAGCUCACUAAGGCAGUUGUGUUUUCCUGUUGCGCGCGCUUCUCGAGCGCUGCCCACGGAGCCAGCCACGCUUUAGAAAUGCCAUGCUCCCCCCAUUGCAUGGUUUACAUUAGAGCAUAAAACGCGAUAGUCACUGCUUUCUGAUUUUGUAAUAAAACGCCUCAUCUGUUAACGCAAAA